CACUUUCCAUCAUUAUAAUCAAGCAACAUGGCGCCCGUCGAAGCGGACAAGAAAACUCCGGAGGCAGAGAAGAAAAGUCAAAAAGAAGAGAGCAAAAAUGACAAGAAAGUGGAAGAAGACAAGGAGGCAGAUUUGUCAGAGGAAGACCGACAGUUACAGGAGGAGCUGACAAUGCUUGUGGAGAGGCUGACGGAACCUGACAAUACAUUAUACCGGCCCGCCUUAGAGCAGUUACGACAGAUGAUUCGAGCGUCUACCAGCUCCAUGACAUCUGUCCCCAAACCACUCAAGUUUCUCCGCCCACAUUAUGGCACCAUCAAGGAGGUCUACAACAAAAUGGUUGAAGGGGAGAACAAGAGAUUCUGUGCCGAUAUCAUCUCUGUCCUGGGAAUGACGAUGAGCGACAAUCGGGACUGUCUGAAUUACCGCAUGCUGGGGUCCAAGGAAGACAUUGGCACUUGGGGUCAUGAAUAUGUCAGACAUCUAGCGGGGGAGAUCGGCCAGGUGUGGGCGGAGACGGAGGAAGACAGUGCCAAGGAGCAGCGAGAGCGCCUCCUGGCCCUGGCCCGCCAGAUCGUGCCCUAUCACAUGAAGCACAACGCCGAGGCCGAGGCCUGCGACCUCCUGAUGGAGAUCGAGAAGCUGGACCUUCUGGAGGAGUUUGUGGACGAGAACGCCUUCCCCAGAGUCUGCCUCUACCUGACCAGUUGUGUCAAUUACGUACCGGAGCCCGAAGACUCUAUACUGUUGCGGACAGCAUUGGGAAUCUUCCGGAAAUUCAACCGUUAUGCCGAAGCGAUGCGAUUGGCCAUCCAGCUGAACGAUAUGGAGCUUGUCGAGGACAUCUUCACUACUUGCAAAGACAGCCUAAUGCAGAAGCAGCUAGCAUACAUGCUCGGCGCUCAGCAGAUAUUUCUAGAACUGAAUGAAGAAAUAGAAGAUUAUGAGGACCUGACGGAGAUCAUGUCCAACAGCCAGCUCAACAUCAACUUCCUAGCUCUAGGCCGUGAGCUCGACAUCAUGGAACCCAAGGUGCCCGAGGACAUCUACAAAAGCCACCUAGAAAAUACAAGGCCCUUUGGUGCCUCGGGCACCCAGGUGGACUCGGCCAGGCAGAACCUGGCAGCCUCGUUUGUCAACGGCUUCGUCAACGCCGCCUUUGGAAAAGACAAGCUGAUCACGGAGGACGGUAACGUCUGGAUUUACAAGAACAAAGAACACGGCAUGAUGAGCACAGCGGCAUCCCUGGGCUUGGUCCUCCUCUGGGAUGUGGACGGCGGGCUGACCCAGAUCGACAAGUACCUGUACUCCAGUGAAGAUUACAUCAAGUCUGGUGCCCUGUUGGCGUGCGGUAUCGUCAACUCGGGAGUGCGUAAUGAAUGCGAUCCAGCCCUUGCCUUGCUGUCCGAUUAUGUCCUACACGCUAACAACACCAUGCGCAUCGGAGCCAUAUUCGGGUUGGGUCUGGCCUACGCCGGCUCGAAUCGCGAGGAUGUAUUGAGUCUGAUCCUGCCAGCUAUGAGUGACAGCAAAUCCAGCAUGGAGGUGGUGGGCAUCACGGCCCUCGCCGCAGGCAUGCUGGCCGUCGGGUCCUGCAACGGUGACGUCAGCUCCACCAUCAUUCAGACCAUGAUGGAAAAGACCCCCCUGGAACUCAAGGACACCUUUGCUCGCUACCUAGCCCUAGGACUGGGCCUAACAUACCUAGGCAAGCAAGAAGCAGUGGAGGCCACACUAGCGACGUUAGAUGUCCUGCCGGAGCCCUUCAAACUCUUUGCCAAAAUCCUGGUUGACAUCUGUGCCUACGCUGGUACGGGGAACGUUCUCAAAGUUCAGAACCUCCUGCACAUCUGCAGCGAGCACAUCGAGGCCAAGGCAGAGCCGGACAAAAAGGACGAGAAGUCCUCAGACAAGAAGGACAAGGACAAAGGCUCGGAGGAUUCGGUGGCUGACCUGGCCGCCCAUCAAGGAGUCGCUGCCUUGGGGAUCGCUCUGAUCGCCAUGGGCGAGGAAAUUGGAUCGGAGAUGGCACUGAGGUCAUUCGGCCAUCUGCUCCGUUACGGUGAGCCAGUCAUCCGUCGGGCUGUUCCCUUAGCUUUGGCCCUCAUUUCCGUGUCCAACCCCCAGCUACAGAUUCUGGACACUCUCAGCAAGUUUUCCCACGACACUGACGCGGAGGUGGCCCACAAUGCAAUCUUUGCCAUGGGGAUCGUUGGCGCCGGUACCAACAAUGCCCGACUGGCCUCAAUGCUGCGCCAACUGGCCCAGUACCACUACAAAGACCCCUCCAACCUGUUCAUGGUGCGCAUAGCCCAGGGACUGACCCACCUCGGCAAAGGCACGCUGACUCUCAGUCCCUACCACAGCGACCGGCAGCUCCUCAGCCAAGUGGCUACGGCGGGCCUGCUGGCCACAAUCGUCGGCUUCCUGGACGUCAAGAAAACCAUUCUGAAGAGUUCCCACUACCUGAUGUACGGUCUGGUGUCGGCCAUGCGACCCAGAAUGCUGGUGACCUUUGACGAGGAACUGCGACCUCUGCCCGUCCAGGUCAGAGUGGGCCAGGCUGUUGAUGUCGUGGGGCAGGCAGGUAAACCUAAGACGAUCACGGGGUUCCAGACUCACACGACGCCAGUGCUGCUUGCGUAUGGAGAGAGGGCGGAGCUAGCCACCGAAGAAUAUCUGUCGUUGACACCAAUCAUCGAAGGGUUCAUCAUCUUGAAAAAGAAUCCCGACUUUGAGCAGUAAUCAUCCAGCAACAUUUUUAGGGGGCAAACCUGCGUCAAGCCUGCGCUGCGGUAGGGCUAACUGCGCUGUGCUAAUCCUCGCCGGUUUCAAGGCCAAAGUUUUGUACCAUAUUUCUCCCGCUCUGUUCAGAUUGUGGCACAUGGAAAGAAUUCUGUCCAGAAGUUGGACAACAUGUAUUAGUUUUAAUAGGGCACAACUUGGAAUCGGAAGACAGCGACUCCCAUUGAAAAUGUACACAUGAAGCCUGCCCUUUUUAAACUAAAAGCCAUGUUGUGUCCAAAAUGUUGGGCUCAUCUCUGUAAACAUUCGUCGUUCUCCUGGCAGAUUAGAAUUGAAAGAGACAAAAGUAAAUGAUUGGCCUCAUUUUCCACCAGUUGGUGGAACAGAUUACAACCAAGUAGGGGCAGAGUAUUUGACAAGGAUGGAACACGAGAUGAGCAUGUGUGGGGCCUCUGCCGUGGUUGGCUUGAAAGAGAGGUUCCACCGGCAAGAGAGUUCGUCUGCCAGUCCAGCCUCACUUUCAUCCAAGUAUUGCUGUUCAUGGUAGAAUUGGUGUUUGGCUGAAAGGGUACCAUUUGCAAGUCUUUGUUUUGGAGCGUGGCCUGCUUGACUUCCAGUAUGGUAGUUCCUUGAGGGAUUUGGUCGAUAGAGAGGCUGCACUUGCAAGUAGAGCAAUCCACUGCUAAGCACUGUCGACCUUGACACAGCGUAGCUGGUACCCAGUAUUUGUUUGGCGCCCCCUGUUGCCCAGCUUGUAUAAAAAUUGAAUCUGAUUAUCAUAGGUUGGUAACCAAAUAACAGUGAAGUGGCGAAAAAUGUUUGAUGAUCAACUGUUUGGGUUUGGAAAAUUACCGUCGCAUAAGAGCAAUCUCUGACACAGGUUUGAAUGUGGGAUUUUCUCUUGUCAAAAGGUUCCAUGACAUUCAUGUCUGAAUGCAACCAGUCUCAUUAUUUUCCCCACAAUUCUUCACACGUAAAGUACACUUUUCUUGUAAGUUCCUUAAAGAACAAAUUGUAAUACAAACAGACAUUGUGCAGUAGUCGAGUCACGAAUUGUAAACACGGUUGUUUAAUGUCUGUAAUAAAUGAUUAAACAAGAAA